AUCAAAAACGACUCCUGAUUCGUGCUUCGUACCAUCCUACAGUAACGCCACCAGCUGUCUAAAUGAUUAACUAAAUCAAUGCGGACUAAUGUCUUCCCAUUAGUUUAGGAUUUAAAGAAAAAUGGCAUCUUUAACGAAAGCUGUACAAAUUUCAAGAUCGGUGAACAACGUGACGAAACUUAUUACGAAUUUAUCAUUAUCCAGCAAUACUAAUUUAGUUUCUAACACUAAGUUCAUUCGAAGAUUACCUUUACAACCAUGUGCACUUUUGCAUGCUUCAUCAACAAAAUAUGAUUUAAUGGAAUUCUUUGAUGAUACGAUUAAUUGGGGGAAAGAUGAAGUAAAAGUUGGACGUUCAUGGAAGAUGGAUGAAUUAAGAUUAAAAAGUAACGAAGAUCUUCACAAGUUAUGGUUUGUGUUAUUAAAGGAGCGUAAUAUGCUCUUAACGAUGGAAGAAGCAUGUAAAAGAAAAUAUAAGAUUUUUCCAAAUCCUGAACGCAUAGAUAAAGUUGAAAUGAGUAUGUCAAAUUUAGAAUCUGUAGUUCGUGAAAGAAAUAAAGCUUAUCAUUUACUUGAAACUGGAGAAACAGGAGAACGUCCAGGAAAAUUUAUACAUAAUGCACUUGGUUACAGAUUUUAUUAUCGAAUGCGCGAAUAUUCUAUACCACAAUUUAUGAACAAUAAAUGGUAUAAAACACAUUUCUUUGGAUAUCAGGGUUAUGCAGUACGCAAAUUUCUACGAUUGUAUAGAGAAAAAUUAUGGAAUAUUAAGCGCAGAGCAAGAAACCGCGAUUUUCAGCAAGCUUUAGUCUUGCUCAAGAGAUUUCCAAAUAUGGAUAUUAAUGCAUUGAAAGAGAAAUAUCCAUCUAUAGAUAUAGAAAAAGCAAAACGUUAUAAAAAAGCACAAGGACAUUUUGUAUCUUAAUGCAAUAAUCGUUUCAUAAAAAUGUAACCUAUAAUAACUUAAUGAAUUGUAGAUAAAACAACUGUACUGUAUAUUAAGAAAAGUAUUUAUCAUCUGUUAAAUCAAUAACACUUUUGUAGAUUUAGUAAUUUAAUAAACCUUACUCCUUACUUGUUAAA